UGAGGAGAUAUUGUGUAGGAAUAUCCCUGGCAGAUUUACGUCCUAUUCGGUAAAGGGUUUGAAUGCUUGGGGAUUGUAGCGCUCCCCCGAACUCCAGCUGCUGAGCAAACUAGAUUUUAUUUUUGUCUGAAACAAUACAAAUAGGCUCAUAGGUCGCGAAUUUAAAAUUGGCGAGCUCUGCGGUCAUUUGUUUCUUUCUAUGAUGGUUAAGCAGAAAUUUAUCUCCAUUUCUAACUAAACGUCGGACUUGUAUUUAUUUUUAGAGUGGAGUUAUAUUUUAUGUAUAUGAUUCUGUGACCUGAAUAUAAAUUUCGAUCAAAAAUAGACUUGAAUGAAUUCAUUCUACUGAUGACAAUGGCAGGCAUGUAGCUCUAAAUCUAGUCUUGUCAGAAAAUGCGAGUAGUAAAAACUUUGAGUGGGUAUGCUUGUUGAACUAGAUUAGUAAAUCUGGCCACAAUGCACCUGUGUGAAAUAAGCCCUACAGCUUACAGUGCACUUAAUCGUAUAAAAUUUGAUUUUUCUUGAGUCUAAUUGUCUCAAGUGCUAGCAGCCUGCUAUUAAUUCCAUUUUUAAAUGUGUAAGCCUAGCACUCGAAAAAUAUUUAUAACGUUUUCUCAUUGAUAGGGGGUGCCAGAUUAAGACUAGGCCUCACUGUAGAUUGAUAAUUCAAAACUGGUAUUCAACCCUAAGUUUUUUAAGCGUGCGCGAAUCGAAUGCAAUGAAUUAACUCUUUUGCUCAAACAAAUUUAUAUAGUGCCGCAACUUCCUGUGUCUAUAUUUUUGUUGUGCGGUUGUAAUUACAACACUGAGGCAGUUACGUUAUUAUCAGAGGAGCCGUAUGUCGCUCACACCUCUGACGUCGGCAGGCAGCUGGUGUUGCUUGUGACUAGCAUUGGCCGUCGUGUGCAGCUCCACACGCCAAAACUCGAUGCUUCCGAAACUUUCAUAUAAACUUAGCGAAAUGUGUGACCGAAUUUAUUUUUUUUAACCCACUUACAAUGUGGGGAAGGAGUAUUUCGGUACUCCUUCGGCAUGGGAAUAGGCUUCAGUUUAGUAUAGGACCUCCAAUGAACUUAAUAAUCCACAGAUGUAGGCGUCAGUUCAGCGAAGAUCGUCACUGAUCUGACGAAGGCGUGGAUGUAGGCGUCAGUUCAGCAAGGAUUCGUCUCUGAUCUGGCUAAGGUGUGGGUGUAGUCGUCAGUUCUGCAGAGAUUCGUCUCUGAUCUGACGAAGGCGUGGAUGUAGGCGUCAGUACAGCGAAGAUUCGUCUCUGAUCUGACGAAGGCGUGGAUGUAGGCGUCAGUUCAGCGAAGAUUCGUCUCUGAUCUGACGAAGGCGUGGAUGUAGGCAUCAGUUCAGCGAAGAUUCGUCUCUGAUCUGACGAAGGCGUGGAUGUAGGCGUCAGUCCAGCAGCAUGCCUCUCAAGCCGGAGUACAGCUGGAGGCAGACGUCGGAUAAAAUCUUGCUCGACCUUUUUCUGCAUCGCUCCAGCACUCGCAACCUCAGCGUCGAUGUCACGUCCAGGUAUCUCAAGGCGACCUACCCGCCCUACCACCUCGAGGUGUUCCUGCUGCACUCCAUCGACGUCGGCGCCUCCGUCGCUAGAGCCGCUGCUGGGCGCCUCCAUAUCCUCCUGGCCAAGGCAGAACCUGGAGACUGGGAGUGUCUGCAGCGCAGCGUUGAACGCACUGCAGCCGCCGCUGAGCGCCAGGCUGCACAGCAGGAGCUGCAGACCCUGCUGCUGCAGAGACACAGCCAAGCUAAAGCUGCGAAGGCGAGCGGCGAGAGGCGGUCAGUGUCGCACCAGCUGCGGUUGGAUGAGGACCUGCGGGCCGAGCGGCAGGAGAUGAGACAGAACCUAAUCCGAGAUUUCUUCUCUCAGACUGACACCGGCAAAAGUGAAGGCAACUCACCGAUAGACACACCCGCUCCGGACGACGGCCAGCAGCAUGAGAUAAACUCGGCAGGCGAUGAGAAUUGUCGACAGUUGAGUUCGGACUUGCUGAGAUCGAGCGUCGAGUGCAGCUCGAACAGCAGUGCUGGGGUGGCGAACAGCAGUGCUGGGGUGGCGCAAAGCAGUGCUGGGGUGGCGCUCAGCCCAGCUAGGGAGGCUGGACAGAGCGGCUGCCGUGGCCGACGUGUCAGCGAAGAUCGCGAGUACGAUGGGGACGAAGAAGACCACGACACUUCCGACGACAACGCGCUGCCCCAGUUGGUGAGUGAGGUGAGUCUGCGCGGUGGACCUCGCAAGGCCAGACGACAGAGACGGGGGGUGGGGGCUGCCAUGCGGUCCCCCGAGGAUCUGCUACCUCGUGACAUCUCGGCAGAGCAGCUGUCCGACAACCCUGUGCCUGAGCUGCCAAACCCUCAGAGACCGACGUCUAAAAAGGGUCGCAGUGGUAACAAUAAAAACGACGUUGGCGUGCGGCCUACCCGACACGUAACUGUGAGCUACACCGCACGUCCUGACCGAGUUCCUGCCCGACGCUCGCGCGACGCUCACCUCGACUCGCAUGACGCCCACCGGGACUCUCCUGACGACGAGGUUCACGGCGCUGACGCUGCGCAGCGCAUCAUCGCCAAAGCCAAUGCGCUAUUCACGAGUGGUGAGUACGCCGAGUGUGCGGCGGAAUACACCUCACUGCUGGAGACGUGCGGCGACAGCGUGAGGGCUUACAGUAAUAGAGCUGCCGCACACCUUGCCGCUGGCAGCCCUGAACUUGCUCUCCAGGACGCCAACAAGGCGCUGUCGCUCCUUGGCCCUUCAUCGGACACCGCAACCAGGCAGUCGCGGCUGCUGUGCCUGAGCCGGAGAGGCGCUGCCCUCGCCGCCCGAGGGCACCUCAAUGAGGCCCUUAAUGAUUAUGAGGCCGCGCUCACCAUCCAGCCUGACCACCCUGGCCUUAAGAGAGACCGGGCCAACAUCCUCAGGGCCCUAGAGACUUCUGAAGGCAGUAGCGUUCUUGAAACUGAAGAGGAAGAAACUAACGAUUUUUCGACUGCCUUUCCUUGAAGCAAACUAGUCUAUUUUAUAGUAAAGCAACAUGGGCUACUAGGAUCGGCAAGAAACUCGAGAGGAUGGAGUUUCUUGCUGCUAGUAUUGAUCUGUUUAACAACUUUGUGUAAUACCAACAAUGCUACUUACAGUGACAUUGAUAGAACUUGAUCACUUGUGAAUAGGAAGAAGAAACUGGAUUUUUUUAUUAAACAGGUUCCAAUGUGUCAUUCAUUUAUAUUAAUUUGCUUCCGCGCGCCAUUAAUUGGAAUUGGAGAAGUCCUAGGCUCCUAGCCCAAAUUAUUAAGAUUAUUUACUGCGGUUCUUGGCGAUUCAGUCUACCUAAACUAAUGCAUCAUAGGCACGAAAAGAUUUCACUAUGAAAUUUUUAUUGUAAAUUAAAAUCUGAUAUCUCCGUACUUCGCAUUAAUAUGGUACUUAUUUGUUAUAUUUUGAACUGCAUAUGACUCGUCAUGUAACUUGUGCUUGAGUCAGUUUUCCAGGCUGCAGCUAUUGCUUAUGUUAGUUUUAUAAUUUAUUUUGAAGUGUGUGCGAUAACCCUUAGUGUAUAGAGGGCCUAGAAUAUAAAUUUAAGUAUGACAUUGAAAUGCAAUGAACGUAUCCGUCCUGUAGAGUGAGUGAGCUUGAAUGUCUAUCAAUAGGAUCAACACCUAAACACAUUUUUUUCGGGAUUUUCACCCGCCUUUCUUCGGUCCAGCAACAAUGGCAUGAAUGAAUGCAAGAACGGGUGCUACAAGUAUCCGGUAAUCUUAGUUUUGCUCUUCCGCUUUCCUAGUUCUCAACUAAAUCUAAGUAAUUAGUUCACCUAGUUUUCAAAGAGUGCGGCUCAUCUCAGGUGUUCAGCGUUGUCAGCCUGACUAACAAUAAAUUUUAUGUUGAAUAGCGGCGGUAAGAAUUAUGGCGAGUACGAUUAGUUGAUAUUAGUAUUUAGUAGGCCAUUUGUGUUCAUAAAGGUUUCAUUUUACAGAGUUGUGUCCUGACACGUAUGUGCCAGGCUUGAAAUAAUUAAGGGCGAAUCUUGUUCAAUUCAUCCAAUUGGAUAAACUAUUUCAUAAACAUUCACAGCUUCUUUGUCGACGUCAUUUUUAUUCGUAUGUAGAGCUUUAGUGUCUUGCAACAGAGAUCUACGUUCUUCAUUAAAUGCCAAGUGCUGUACAAUUUCAGUUUUUCGUCUAUUGUGAAAAAAUUGUAAUGCUUAACUUUAUUUACGGCACUAAUAAUUCAAGUGAUGCAGUGAGCUUGUAUUUAUUAUCUAAAUAUCAAUUCAAUAAAUUUGCCUGAUGAAUAAAAUUCAA